UCGUUCCAGGCGUGUUUCAAGGUCGGCCUCGGUCGCGCCGUGCGCGCAGCCAUUUUGAACCGGCACCUGCGCGGGCCGGCCGUGGGCUGUUUACCGGUCGUCGCCGCGAGCGGUGCGCCAUGGCCGACGUCAGCCCAGCGGCCAGCGACGACAACUCGUCCGAGGCGGUGGCGAAGCGACGCGACGACACCGUCGGCGGUCUGCUGCUGCCGGCUAAGCUGCGUCACAACAACAACGAGGUGGCGUACGCCAUCAUCGACGGGCGCGUGACGCAGGUGCAGGUGGCCACUGCCGCCGACCUGGCCGCCGCCGCCGCCGCCGCCGCCGCCGCCGACGUCGACCCCGACGAUCUUCCGAUCGACGUGGACGACGAGAUGGAGCCGGACGAGCGGGACGCGGACGAGGACUCGAUGGAGGAGCGCGUGGGCAGCCACCCGUCCGGCAUGGGCCCGAUCACAUCGCUGGCCGGCUCGCCGACGUUCAGCAGCUCCGGCCGGCUGGCGCACACGCCCUCCACCGACUUCCAGCCGCCCUACUUCCCGCCGCCCUACAACCCGGCCGCCACCGAGCAAUUCCAGCUGCACCACGUCAACCCCAGCGAGGUGGCAUACCAGCUGGGCAACAGCCUGCAGCACCAGGGCUACCCGGCGGCGCUAGGUCGCCGCGCCGAUCCCGACGCCGUCUCCGUCAGCGCGGCCAACGCGCACAUGUACGACACGUCACGGUACAUGACGCGGCCGGAGACGGUGCUGAUGCGGGCCGGACACGUGCUGGACGGCCAGGAGGCGAUCGUCAUCCCCAACCCGAUCCACACCAUGGACGACGGACAGGGAAUCGGCAUCGACAGCGAUUCAUUCCCAGGCCCAAAGUCGGACUCGGAUGAGUUCCUCCUGCACGGGGGCGCGCACCCCUCUGACGCGUUCUGCGGCGUGCCCGGCCGACUCUCGCUGCUGAGCUCCAAUUCCAAGUACAAAGUGAAUGUGGCAGAGGUGCGGCGUCGCCUCUCGCCGCCCGAGUGCCUCAACGCCUCGCUCAUGGGCGGCAUUCUGCGCAGAGCGAAGUCAAAGAACGGCGGGAGGUUACUGCGGGAAAAGCUAGAAAAGAUUGGGCUCAACCUGCCGGCCGGCCGGAGAAAAGCAGCUAACGUCACCCUGCUCACCUCGCUGGUGGAAGGCGAGGCGAUCCACCUGGCGCGCGACUUCGGCUACGUCUGCGAGACGGAGUUCCCGUCGCGGCAGAUCGCCGAGUACCUGUGCCGGCAGCACACGAACCCGGCCGACCAGUACCAGCGCCGCGAGCUCGUCAAAGCCACCAAAGAGAUCACUAAGGAGCUGAUGGACCUGCUCAACCAGGACCGGUCGCCGCUGUGCAACACGCGGCCGCAGAUCAUCCUGGACCCGCAGAUCCAGCGGCACCUGACGCACUUCUCGCUCAUCACGCACGGCUUCGGCAGCCCGGCCAUCGUGGCCGCCCUGACCGCCAUACAGAACUACCUGAACGAGUCGCUGAAGUACCUGGAGAAGUCGUUCCCGCCGAGCGCGCACAUCCACCUGGGCUCGCCCGGCCUGGACGGCAAACACAAGGAGCUGGACAAGAAGUAGCGGGUCGAGGUGGCCGGCCGGCCGGCCCGCGCGGCCGCACACACCCAGUCAGGCCGAGCGCCGGCCGGUGCCGGCGCCCACGCACCCUAUUUUUUACACGUGAACCCCCAGCGACGAGCGCCGCCCCCUCCCCCUCGUCCUGCUGCGUGCCAUCGGCGGUGUCGACUGCCGUCCCAUGUACAGCCUGUAUACACUAUGAUAUUACGUCGGCAGAGCCGGCCGCGCCCGUGCGCCGGCGGUCUGGCCCCGCCGGCUAUUUUUGGUAGGUUGUUGUUUGAGGUACAGCGACGGUUCACAGUAUUAUUGUUACAGUUAAACCCCGUUUGAGUGCUCACUAAUUCUGCUCAAUGUCAAUAGGCGGCGCUGCCGACGCCGGACGGGCUGCGGGUUCGCUCCGGCGCCGCGGGUGGCGCUGCGAUCGCCAGGCAUUGCGCGCCGUCCGGCGGGUUGUCUAUAGCUAGGGUAGGUAGCGCGCUCGUGGAUCGCGGAGACCGGUGGGUGUCGUAGAGUGCCGCUGCCGUCGGGGGUCGCCCCUUUUAGCCGCGUGCGCGCGCGCCUAGGUUGUUCUGUUGAGCCGUGAGUUUUAGUGGCUGCUGUCUGCCGUCCGUGGGUCCCAUCACUGCGCUGGUCAUCCCUCAUAAUACUCAUUCGCCGGUCGCAGCCGUCUCGGUCAGGCCCUACCGUUCAGUCGCAACCACAACGAAUCCGCGGGCAUAAAAUUGGUGCCAGUGAGGCGGCGCCGUCGGUGCCGGCGCUGCGGUCCAAGACAGCGCAGUUCUCGACGCCAUGCGCCGAUGGGCGCUGAUUGUGUGUGCUGUACAGUUAGCAUUGUAAAGGUGCGCCUGUGUGUCCGUGCGUGCGCGUGUGUACGUGUGCGGCGUGGCGGGACGUCGCGUUGUUACGACCGCCGGCGGUUGUGGUCGGGUCGCCAGGCCAAAGUGCCUGCCCGGCAGAGCCUGCGGACUCGGGGCUGCCACGCUUCCUGAUAUUUAUCGUAAGGACAGAUGGUGGUGCUGCAUUAUGAAAACAUCAACGGUCGUUUAUUACAAUAAAACCAUUCCAUUGACGAG